CAAAUGGGCAGCGAGUGAGUCUGAGUGGGCACUCAUCAGCAUAGGUGGGGGAGUUCCCAUUCUGCGUUGCCAAACAAGAAGGUCGUUGCUGUCCCUUCGCUUUGUCAUUUUCCUUUUUCUUAUUGUCAAAAGACUCGAAAACCAGACACAAAAAUUUUCUGUCAAUAAUCACUGCCUUGAUAUUUGUAAAACCAAUUGCCAUUUUCUUUCCCAAAUUUCCCUAAACCGACGGCGCUAAAUCCUUUUCACUUCUCCUUCCUGCAAUUCAUUACCCCUCUUCGAUUUUAAGUGACGGUGUUUUUUUUUUUUUCAAUUUCAAUUUCAAUUUCAAUUUCAAUUUCAAAACAAAGGAAUAUUCUAUUAUUGAUUUUCAUCUCCUUAGUCUUUCUUCUUUUUCAUGGCGUGAAGAAUGGAGUAUAAAAAUUAUAAAGUACCACUGGAAGGUGUUCGAAGGAGAGAGCUCUGAGGGUGAGUGGCAAAGAUUUUUUUCUGUGUCUGUGAGAAGUUCUAUCAUUUUGUGGUGCUAGGGAGGAGGAAGAAAAUCAUGGAGAGGAAGAGUGAAAAUGGAGCUGGGGCUGACUUGGGUCCCCAGAUGAGGAAGAGAAAGAGACUCGAGGGUGAAGAAAAUUCAGAAGCAAUGGUGCUUGGAAAGGUUGCUGAUGUGGGUCUUGAUAUUGAAGGGGUUCAAGGCUGGUUUGGUGAAGGGAAUUCGGAUGUUUUCAAGUGGUUAGAUGAAGUUGGUGAGGCUAAUGGUAGAGAAAAUUUGCAGCUUUGGCCUGGUGAAGCUGCAUGUGGGAAUGGUGGCCAGGUUCUUGGUGGUUAUGGCGGAGAAUUUGGUACAAAUGGAGUCCUGGGUCUUGAUGGUAAAGCUUUUAGACUUUGGGAUGGUAAAGAUAGUGGUGCAGAAAUUCAGUUGGGCAAGUCUGGUAGGGAUUCUGGUGAAAAUAGUGUUAUGGUUCUUGGUGGUGAAGGGACUCGAGCCCUAUUUGGUGAAGUCAGUGCUGUUAAUUCGGGUUUAGGUUCUUCUGGUCAAGAAAUUCAUGGCUUCGAUGGUAAAACUGGGGGUAUGGCUCCUAGUGGCGAUGAAAUCCAUGGCCUACUAGGUGGAGUCAGCGGUAGAAAUGUUGAUAUAAACCUUGGUGGUGAGGUCAUCAAGGAACUUUUUGGUGAGUGCGAAAAUGGGGUUACGGGUUCCAGAAGUGGAGUGAUUUCAGGUCUAUUUGGUGGUGUCGCUAGUGAAAAUAAGGAUUUGAGUUUUGAUGGUGAAGGGGUUCCAUGCUGGUGUGGUGAAGCUGGAUGUGCAAGUAUUGACGGUAAAGGAAUUCAGGGGCUGUUUGGUGAGAUUGCGUUUGCCAAUGGUGGUGAAGGAAUUGAACACAGGUAUUGUGAGAAGGUAGACAGAAAUGAACCAAGUGGUGUUACAGAUGAGGAAAAACUGACGAAGGUUAAACUGGGUAGGCCAAAGGGAUCAAAGAAUAAGAAGAGAAUUGAUGGUGUUGAAGCGGUAAAGCAAGGUUCAAGUGAAGUUGGUGUUACUGGAGAUGAUAUCGAUCCCUUGAAACGUAAGCGAGGGCGACCAAAGGGUUCAAAAAAUAGGAAGAAAAAUCAAGGUGAGGAAAAACAGAUCAUAUGUAACAAAACUGUGGUUGGUAGUGAUGGUGCUGGCGGUGUUGGGACUGUUUUUCUAAGAGGUUCAGAGAAUGAGAAGUUGGCUGAUACGGCUGAGGGAAAAAUGAAAAUGCCUGAUGAGGCUACUGGUGGUAGUGUGGGAGGAAAUGAAAAUACCUGCGCAAAGGAUGAGCAUAAUUGGCCUAAGGGUCUUGAUAAAAAGAACAAAAUCUUAGGUGCUGGGGAAUGUAUUGAAGGGUCGGGCAGAGAUGAGAUUGUGCAGCAAAAGGAUAUUCAGAACUGGCCUUAUAGUUUAAAGAAUAAAACAGAAGAUGCUGUAAGUGCUAAAAAUCCGCGAUUACCAGUUGAAAUCUGGGGUAAUAAUGAUACUGAUGUUGAAACAGUUACCCCUUCAGGGUUGAAGAAUAAAAGGACCGCUCUUGAAGACAUGAAGGACAAAGAAAUGGCUGGUGAAGGUGCUGCUGGACAGGGUGGAAAGGAGAUAGUCGCAUCAAAGCCUAGGCGUGGCAGACCAAAGGGUUCAAAGAAUAAUAAGAAGAAGAAAAAUCCUCCUGGUGGUAAUCCAGAAAUGGCUGCUGAUGAAAAGAUAAUUGGACCUAUAGUUUUGCCGAGUGCGAGGAUUUCUACUUCUGGUGGAGAAGAUAGAACAGAGUCUAUUGGAGGUCUUGGAUCAGUAUGUGAGAUUUUUAAGCCAACAGAUUUCAAGAUCAAACAUCCAAAUUUUGCAGAUAAUAGUCAAGAAUUGCCUGGUGAUAUUUUGGGAGCCAAUGACAAUGAUGGUAACAAAGAUAGACUGGUGGGUGUUUUGAAUGGGAUGACUGCUCUUUUCAAUGUUGAAGUAAGAGCAUUAUCUGUUGAGGCCAUUAGUGGUAACAGAGAGUUGAAUGAAAGCAUAAAGCCCAAGGGUGGACGUGGCCGACCGAAAUGCUUGAAGAACAAGCAAAAUGAUCUUGGAGGAGAUAAUAAGGAAUUGCUUUGUGAUAGUAUGCAUAGCAACCGUGUUGAUGAUAAUUCAGUUACGCUUUUGAGUUUAGAGAAUGUGAGCUCCUUUUUCUCUGAUGAAGGAGAUAGGUUAAUGCCUGCUGAGACCACUGGUUGUAAGGGGGAGGGAAGUCAAGUUGAUAGGCCUAAGGGUAGACGGGGCAGACCAAAGAGUUCGGCACAUAUAAUUAAAAGUCUUGUACCUUAUAGUUGGGAAUUGCCUAAUGAAAAUGUAGAUAGAAAUGAUAGUGGUGAGAAUUUGGUGUCUAAUGAGGUCACUGGUGGUAUUGAACAGGAAAGCAGAAUUAUAAAGACGAAGAAUAGGCGUGGCCGACCAAAGGGUUCAAAGAAUAAGGAGAAAAUUCUGUAUGGUGGAGAAAUUGAUGGAUGUUUAGGUGGAGAUAAGAUUAGACAUAAAAAAAAUAAGAGAGGCCGGCCAAAGGGUUCAAAGAAUAAGCAGAAACGUCUUCCAGCUGGUGAAAAUGAGGCAGUGAACAUUGAAAUUGGGGUCUGCAACAAUGGCAAGGCCAAUUUUUGUCAGACAGGUUUUCAGAAUGAUAGGAGUACUGUUGUGGAUAAGGAAAUAGGGAAAAUGGCUAUUGAAGCUGCUGGUGGUGAUGGAGAAAGACAAAAGCCAAAGGGUAAGCGAGGUCGACCAAAAGGUUCAAAGAUAAAGAAACCAAUUGCUGCUUCUAAUGAACAGAGCCAACUACUGCUUCAAAUUGAAAUGAACGCAGAUGAAUUAACAGGUAACUCUGGCAACACCUGCAAAAGGCGUCGAGGAAGGCCAAGGAAGUACAGCAAACCAGAAAAUUCAGAAUCAUUUGACAUUACUGAGAGGAAAAAGGUACAGAGGAGUUUGAUGUGCCACCAGUGUUGGAGAAGCCAAAAUAAUGGUGUUGUUAUUUGUUCCAACUGCAGAAGAAAACGCUAUUGCUAUGACUGCCUUGCAAAGUGGUACCCAGAGAAAACACGGGAGCAGAUAGAGAUUGCAUGUCCAUUUUGUCGUGGUAAUUGUAAUUGCAGAUUAUGCCUCAAAGAAGUAGUUGUGCUGUCUGGGACUAGCAAAGCAGAUGCAAAUACCAAAUUGCAAAAGCUUCUUUACUUACUAGACAAGACUUUGCCUCUCCUGAAACACAUUCAACAGGAGCAGAGCUCUGAAUUGGAUGUGGAGGCAAGAAUUCAUGGUGUUCAAUUGACAGAAGAGGAUGUAAUAAAAUCCUUACUCGAUGAUGAUGAUCGACUAUAUUGCGACAACUGCAAUACAUCGAUUGUCAAUUUCCACAGAAGCUGCCCCAAUCCUGAUUGUUCUUAUGAUCUCUGUCUCACUUGUUGUCGGGAAAUUAGAAAAGGAUUUCAGCCUGGAGGUAAUGAAGCUGAUUCUUCACAUCAUCAAUUUGCUGAAAGAGUACAUGGUCAAGAUACAUAUAUGGAUGAUCAGAUAACUCCAAAUAAGAAAAGAUUUGGUUGGGAGACCCAAUUGUCCCAUCUAGAAAACCAGUGUGUAGCUGAUUCUUUGUUUGAUUUUUCUGAUUGGAGGGCAGAGGCUGAUGGAAGGAUUCCUUGCCCUCCCAAAGCAAGGGGGGGUUGUGGUACUGAGAUUCUUGUAUUGAGACGUGUCUUUGAAGCUAAUAUGAUUGACGAGCUGAUUACAAGUGCAGAGGAACUUACUAGUAAUUAUAAGCCACCUGAUAUUGAUUGUUUUCGAGUAUGUCAUUUGUGCCAUCCCUUCAUUUCUGCUGACUGCAGAUUGAAAGAUUUUGAAGUGAGGAAGGCAGCAGAUAGGGAGAAAAGUGAUGAUAACUUUCUGUACUGUCCAAAUGCUCUUCGGCUGGGAGACAAUGAAAUUGAGCAUUUUCAAAUGCAUUGGAUGAGAGGGGAACCUGUUAUAGUUAGAAAUGUGCUUGAAAAGACUUCUGGUUUGAGUUGGGAACCAAUGGUCAUGUGGAGGGCUUUUAGAGGUGCUCAAAAAAUAUUAAAAGAGGAAGCACAAAGGGUUAAAGCCAUUGAUUGCCUGGAUUGGUGUGAGGUUGAAAUUAAUAUUUCACAGUUCUUCAAAGGCUACUUAGAGGGUCGAAGGUAUAAAAAUGGGUGGCCAGAGAUGCUGAAGCUGAAGGAUUGGCCCCCAUCAAAUUCAUUUGAAGAAUGUUUGCCAAGGCACGGUGCUGAAUUUAUAGCUAUGCUUCCGUUUAGUGAGUAUACCCAUCCAAAUACUGGUCUUUUAAAUCUAGCUACAAGGCUUCCUGCUGUCUUAAAGCCAGACUUGGGACCCAAAACAUACAUUGCUUACGGAUCUAUGGAAGAACUUGGCAGAGGUGAUUCAGUGACAAAACUGCAUUGUGACAUCUCUGAUGCGGUUAAUGUACUCACUCACACGAACGAAGUGAAGAUUCCCCCAUGGCAAGGUGAGAUUAUAGACAAAUUGCAAAAGCAAUAUGAGGAUGAAGAUUUGAAUCAGAUUUGUGGUGUGAUGCAGAAAGCAUCAGGUAAAUUUGGAAGGAAGCCAUUGAAAAGACCUUGCAAAGAUGAGAGCAUAGAUCCUGAAUUAUCCCAAAAAGGCGAAACAAUUGAGAGUGACUCCUCACUGGAACGGCUGUAUAUACAAGAAAUGAAAUUGGAUGAACAAGAAAGUAAAUCCCAAGAAUUGGAUGGAUCAAGUAGCAUUCAGUUUUCUCAGAAAUGUUCUACUUCCACAGGAACAAUAAUUGAAAAUACAAAUGAGCAGUUGGUUGGAAAUGUAGAUACAAUGGUGCCUUGUUGUGAUCCACAUAUGCUUGAUUCCAGCUCCUUGUGGUACAAUGAUUGUGAGAAGAUAAAUGUUAAGAUUAAGAAACAGGAUGAAGUGAAAGGAUUUUCAUCAGAAUGUAGUGAUCUUGUUAGGGAUAACUUGUUACCUGAAAGUAUGCAUAUGGAUGCAUCCGAUGAUCACGGAAUGGAGGAAAUUUUGGGAAUGAAGUUGGCAAAGAAUAACUGUCAUUCUCUCAAUCACCAACAUGGUAAAUGCACCAGCGUUGUUGGUGUAGCGGGGGAAACAAAUGAUUUGGAUUCAGUUGAUUUAAAUACAACUAUGACCAGUAAAUAUCUUGAGGAAAACCAUGCUGCAAAACUUCUAAAUGGUGGUGCUGUUUGGGACAUUUUUCGUAGGCAGGAUGUACCCAAGCUAAUUGAGUACCUGAAGAAGCAUCAGAAAGAAUUUCGUCAUAUCAGUAAUCUUCCUGUGAAUUCCGUUGUUCAUCCUAUUCAUGACCAGACCUUUUAUCUAAAUGAAAGACACAAGAGACAACUGAAGGAGGAGUUCAAUGUUGAACCUUGGACAUUUGAGCAACACCUUGGUGAGGCUGUUUUCAUCCCAGCAGGGUGUCCGCAUCAAGUGAGGAAUAGACAGUCAUGCAUAAAGGUGGCCCUUGAUUUUGUAUCCCCUGACAAUGUUCAAGAAUGCAUUCGGUUGACAGAAGAGUUCCGUAUGCUUCCAAAAAACCAUAGAGCUAAAGAAGAUAAACUUGAGGUAAAGAAGAUGACACUGUAUGCUGUAAAGGUUGCUGUAAGUGAAGUCAAUAAUCUGAUUUCUGGACUCGAACUGGUUAAAAUCUUGCUGGUUGUAAAAUUUGAUGGGGAUUGAACUACCCUGAGGUUUCCUAUGAAUAAAGCUAGGUUGAACAAAUGGUAAUCCGGUUGUUCUUUACAAUAUGACAGAUUUAUUAGGAUACCAUAUGUGAUAUGCACUCAAUUUGAAAAUCAAUCUGAUAGCUGUGAGCAUAACAUUGCCAGUGCAAAGUGAUAUUACUUCAAAUUUGGGAAAAUGCAGAUGAGUAUGUACACAACCAUAAGAAUCAUACUAAUGUAAAAAUGAUGCUAUUCUGUUCCAAAAGAUAGACAUCAAUCUUAUUUAAACAUAGUGGAGGUCUGAGGGGUUGGGGAAUGGGAGUGAAUUCUCUUCAUUGGUAGUUCACUUUGCAUGAAGAUUAUAUCUUGCAGUAAGUGGUUUUCAACGUUCUGAAGACAGUUUUAACACCUACCAUUAACGCAGUUGACUGUUCUCAGGGAAAUUUUGGGGAGGGUGGACUCAGUGGAUUGAGAAAGAGAGAGAGCCACGUCUGCCCAGGGAUGAGAGCUGGGUUGUGGGGUUUAUAAUAGAUUACACCAUAUUUGUUGACAUGUGAGGUUUGAUUAUAACUAAACUUGUCUCAUUU